CACUUGAACUUGCUUCGAACCCGGAAGCACAACAUUGAUGAAACGUGUUGGGUAGUUGUCAGGUUGUGUUUAUGAAUUUAAGCGUCGAAUAAAUGCCACUAUAUUCAUUUUUGUUUUACGUCAUUGUUUUUAAUGAAUUUACGAGCUCGACUGAGAAAUGACUCGGACCAUGGAGGAGUUUUGCUUUUGGAUGGCGGAUUAGCCACAGAAUUGGAAGCACAAGGUGCACGUUUACAGGGAGACCCGUUAUGGAGUGCCAGGCUGUUGCACACCAACCCCCAAGCUAUCAAAGCUGCUCAUCACAGCUUCCUCCUGAGCGGUGCCGACGUCAUCACCAGCGCCACUUACCAGGCCACCAUUCAAGGCUUCGUCCAGCACUUGGGUGUCAGCUCGGACGCCGCCAGAGAACUGCUGGCAUCCGGGGUUCGUCUGGCCGAAGAGGCGGUGAUGGCGUUUGGUUGUGGACAGCGGGCGACCCGCCCUGUGGCGGUCACAGCAUCCGUGGGACCCUACGGAGCCUUUCUUCAUGACGGCUCAGAGUACAGUGGAGCAUAUGCUGACAAAAUGAGCGUAGAGGAGUUGAAAGCUUGGCAUCGCCCUCAGUUGGAGUGUCUGGCAGCAGCGGGAGCGGAGGUCCUCGCCUUGGAGACCAUCCCGAGUGUCAAAGAAGCGGGAGCAUUGGCCGAGGUUCUCCGGGAAUUCCCAAAUUGCAAUGCCUGGAUUUCUUUCUCUUGCAAGGAUGGGACGCAUCUGUCGGACGGCCACCUGCUGCAAGAUGGCGUCCGUGUGGUGGGCAGGUCCGCGCAGGUGCUGGCCGUUGGCAUCAACUGUUGUCCUCCGGAAUGGGUGGAGCCUCUCUUGGACUCUGUUGUGGCCCUGAGGAGCCCAGAUAGGAAAUGGGUGGUAUAUCCCAACAGCGGGGAGGAGUGGGACGCUGAGCAGGGAUGGCAGACAUCAGAGAAAACAACAGCAAGCAUACCGGCUCUAAGUGACACUUGGAUCAAGCAAGGGGCUGCUUUGAUCGGUGGUUGCUGUCGUGUACGUCCGGAUCAAAUUGGCGAGCUGAGACGACACUUAAAAACACGUCAUCCAACGGAGGAGGAAGCAGACCUGGGAAUGUAACACUAAAAAAAAAAAAAAAAUACACUUUUAAAAAAGUUUUGAGCUACAAUGACAAAGAUGAG